AUGAUUCUCAAGAUACUGGGCUUUCUUAUUUUACAAGGUGUUUGGUUGUCUCAUAGCAGAAUCAUCCUGGCAGUUAAAGCAGACAUAAUCCCAAAUAAUAAACCCAUUGAAAAUGCGAUGUCUGAAGAGAGGUUCCAGAUAACGGACGCAAAAACAAGAACCAAGCGUUGUACCUGCUACUCUUACAUGGACCGUGAAUGUGUUUACUACUGUCAUCUCGAUAUCAUCUGGGUCAACACUCCAGAACGCACAGUUCCAUAUGGGAUGUCAAGUUACCAAGCCCCACAGCGAAUUCGAAGAGAAACCGUUGAGUCUCCGCGCUGUCUCUGCGUUGUGGCGGAUACUGACCAGCAGUGCCGAGGUUUCUGUCAGUCAAGGCCGACUUCCCCAUCCCAAAGAGGCCGGGGGUAA